CUCCAACGCCUGUUCAUUGGAGCCGGCAGCGCGGCGGGCGUUGAGCGCCACUAUACCAGUGCACGCGCGCACGCACACGGCUGACGGCAGCAGCAGGGGAUGGCUAUGAAAGCGGUGGGAGGGGCAAGCGUCGUUCGGGAGGGCAGCAGCAGCCCUCACCCACACCUCGCCGCCAAGCCGCCUACCCAUCCGCCAGCACCGGCCGAGGGGGAGGAAUGGGCCGGCGGCGGCGAUGACGCCGGCGCGGUCAGCUGCGGAUGUGGCGGCGGCGGCGGCGGCGGUGGCGGCCUGACGCGCCCCUGGCGCCGCGGCAGUAGCAGUGGCAGUAGCAGCCAGGCGGCGGCGGCGGAUGGCCGCGGCGCUGGCAGUCGCGGCAGUAGCAGCCGCGGCAGUAGCAGCGGCGGCAGUAGCAGCAACGGCGGCAGUAGCGGCAGCGGCGAAGGGGAGGGUGAGGGCGAAGUGGAAGGGCCGCCGCCUCCGGUGCUGCACCGCCUGCGCCGGCGGCUGUCCAAUGUGCAGCAGCUGUGGAUCUACCCGUUCACGCACUACAAGCCCACCAACCAGGUCAUGCUGUGCUACCGCACGCUGUUCCAGGACCUGGGUAGUCGCGGCGCCAACACCGACCACUUGGCGGCGGCCUUCAGGGACGACCUCAUGCCGCUCAGGGGCUGGGUCCACAGGAACCUGCCCGCCCUGCUGCACAUCAACAAGGCGGUCAUCGCCGGGCCUGUGUUCGGCUGCCCGGGCGUGAUGCGCUACCUAGACGCACGCACUCGCUGGCUGGACGGCGUGGUGGCGGCGGCGCUGCGGGGGGGCUGCCAGCAGGUGGUGGUGGUGGCGGCCGGGUACGACACACGUGCCUACCGCUUCGGCGGCACCGCUGCAGCCGGCGGCGGAGCCAAUGGCGGCGGGGCCAAUGGCGGCGGCGGCGGCGCUGUGCGGUGGUUUGAGGUGGACCUGCCGUCCGCCUCCGCCAGCAAGAGGGCGCUGGUGGAGCGAACCCUGCCGGCGGACCUGUACCCCCGCCCCACCUACAUCGCCGCGGACCUGAGCCAGGUGUCACUGGCGGAGGCCCUGCUCGGCACCGGCGGUAGCAGCAGCACCGGCAACAGCAUAGCCGCCACCGCCGGUGCUUCCGCUGCCGCUUCGACUCGACAGACUGGCGGCAGAGAUGGCGGCGUUAGUUGCGGCGGCGGCUGCGGCGGCUGUGGCAGUGGCGGCGUUGGUAACGGUGGUAGCCACAUUCACGUAAAGGCCGGCCCGCCGGCUCCUCCCCCCAACAAAACCAAUAGCAGCAACCGCCAGGACCAGCACCAGCCCGCCACCACCACGGCCACCGCCACCACCACCAGCACCACCACCACCCACGGACCUCCUCGCCCCGCACAGCAGCAGGCGUCCCAGCACGCCCCGCCGCAGCAGCAGGCCGCGCAGCACACGCAGCAGGCGCAGCACGCCGCCUUCGACCCUGCCCUCCGCACGCUGUUCACGGUGGAGGGCCUGCUGUACUACCUGCCGCCGCCCGCCGUGCGGCGCCUGCUGGGCAGCAUCAGAGAGGUGGCGGCGCCGGGCAGCCUGGUGGCGUUCGACUACCUGGAGCAGGACGUGUUCGCGGGGCGGCGGUUCGCGGCGGGCUACGAGACCCUGAGGCUGACGGUGGCGAACAAGGGCGAGCCCAAGCGCAGCGGCCUAGACCCCGAGCAGUUGCCGGCCUACCUGGGCGCUCUGGGCUGGCGCCUCACCUACGCGCCCACGCCUCGCCAGGUGGCGGAGGAGCUCUACCCGCACCGCCGCUGGCGUGACCUCAACCCGGUCAUUCCGCCCUUCUACCGCUACGCAGUGGCGGAGGCGCAGGCGGCAGAGGCGGGGCGAGGUGCGAAGGCGGAGUAGGGCGUGACGGAGGCGGCGAAGGCGGUGGCGGAUGUUGAGGCGGGGCAGCGGCGGAAGGGGGAGUGUGGCAAUGGGAAGGGCGAUGCGGCGGCAGCGGAGUCAGCGCCGCGGUAGGGCCGGUGGCGGAGUUGGGUGGGCGCAGGUGGGUGGGAUUUUGUAUGCCUGCGCCUAGUGAAUGGGGUGGUCUGGUUGCGUUGGCGGGGCGGGCGCGGGGUUGGGGCUGAAGGCAGAGUCCUGCAGUGUGGAGAGAGGUGCAGGACGUUUUGGGAGAGGAGGAGGCAAUUCCCAAUUAUCAACUCUUUUAGUUAAAUGCAGGUUGGGGUGGGCAACGGGGGAGAGAGCCACUGGGAAGAGCGGUGAAAGCUGCUUGGGUAGUGAUGUUGUGGGGAUUGUAGCUCGCAAAAUUGCGUAGCACCUGAAGAAUGCGAUGGGCCCAGCGCGGGCACGGCAGACUCGUGAACACGCAGCACGUACCUGUACGGCAGGAGCGCAGCACGUACGGCAGGAAUGCGGCACGACUGGGCGGAACACGGCACGGUAGUCGUGAAUGACCGGCUGGCCUGGAGCCGAGUAUAAAUAUUCCCUUCAGGGAAACGGGUUACCGUAUGCGAUAUCUAUUGAGUUGUUUAGAUGGAUAGAGGGUAGUGCUAGCACGCAUAGUGCUGACAAGGGGCGCAAGUGCGGAGGUUUGUGAGCGUGUGUGGCCGAAUCGGGUUGCAGUUGCCAGUUGUCAGUUGUGAGGGGCGGACGACGUCAGGCCAGCACGAGCAAGUAGGACCUCUGUAGCUAGCAGAGUAGCACACAGACCGUCGCCUUGAAGCAAUUACGGCAGCUAGGUUGCUUGCCACUGUUGCCAGUACUGUGGCACUGAUUGCCGAGUGUU